GCGCGCGCUCCCGCCCGCCCGCUGGUUCGCUCGGCGGCGCUCGGAGGCGUGCGGGGCGCCCAGCCCGGCUCGGGGGGAUGCGGCGGCGGAGGUGGCGGGGCCGCGGGCCGGGAGGGCGGGCGCGGGGAUGAGCGUGGGCGGCCGCCGCCAUGUCCAAGGUAACGGCGCCCGGGCCCGGGCCGGCGGCGGGCGGGAAGGAGAAGCGCUCCUUCAGCAAGCGGCUGUUCCGGAGCGGCCGCGCGGGCGGCGGCGCGGGGGCCCCCGGAGCGCCCGGGCCGGCCGCGCCCUCGCCGUCGGCGGCGCGCUCGGUGGGCAGCUUCAUGAGCCGCGUCCUCCGGACGCUGUCCACGCUCUCGCACCUGAGCUCCGAGGGCGGCAGCCCGGACCGCGGCCCCCUCCACGGCUGCUUCCCGCCCGGGCCGCCCGCGCCGCCGCCCGGCCCGCCGCCCGCGCCGCCCGCGCCGCCCGCCUGCGAGCCGGUGCCCGGCGUGGCGGGGCUCCGCAACCACGGCAACACGUGCUUCAUGAACGCCACGCUGCAGUGCCUCAGCAACACCGAGCUCUUCGCCGAGUACCUGGCGCUCGGCCAGUACCGCGCCGGCCGGCCCGAGCCCGAGCCGGAGCCGCCCGCCGGCGCCCCCGCGGGCGAGGUCACCGAGCAGCUGGCGCACCUGGUGCGCGCCCUCUGGACGCUGGAGUACACGCCGCAGCACAGCCGCGACUUCAAGAGUAUUGUGUCAAAGAAUGCACUGCAGUACCGGGGGAACUCCCAGCACGAUGCCCAGGAGUUUCUGUUGUGGCUUUUGGACCGAGUUCACGAAGACCUCAAUCAUGCUGUGAAGCAGAGCGGCCAGCCUCCUGUGAAGCCACCAUCAGAGUCUGAUAUGAUGCCUGAGGGACCAUCUUUUCCUGUCUGUAGCACUUUUGUACAAGAACUUUUUCAAGCCCAAUACAGAUCCUCCCUGACAUGUCCUCAUUGUCAGAAGCAGAGCAACACUUUUGACCCUUUCCUCUGCAUUUCUUUGCCAAUCCCUCUACCCUACACAAGGCCUCUCUAUGUCACCGUAGUGUACCAAGGAAAGUGUUCUCACUGCAUGCGGAUUGGCGUGGCCGUGCCUCUGUCGGGGACUGUCGCCAGACUUCGGGAAGCAGUGUCUCUGGAAACAAAGAUCCCCACUGACCAGAUUGUGUUAACAGAAAUGUACUAUGAUGGGUUCCAUCGUUCCUUUUGUGACACAGAUGACCUGGAAACAGUCCAUGAAAGCGACUGCAUUUUUGCCUUUGAGACUCCAGAAAUAUUCAGGCCUGAAGGAAUUCUCAGUCAGAGAGGAAUUCACUUAAACAACAAUCUGAACCACCUAACAGUUGGCUUGGCCCAUCAUAGACUGUCUUCUGCACACGCAGCUGCAAAGCAGGGGAAAGUGGAGCUGCCCGUGAUGAGAGCAGAGAGUGACAAGAUCGUCCUGCUGGUGUGCAACCGCGCCUGCACCGGGCAGCAGGGAAAGAGGUUUGGACAGCCUUUUGUGCUGCACUUGGAGAAGACAGUAGCCUGGGACCUGCUGCAGAAGGAAAUCUUGGAGAAGAUGAAAUAUUUCCUGAGGCCCACGGUUUGCAUUCAGGUGUGUCCUUUCAGUUUGCGUGUGGUCAGUGUGGUGGGAAUAACAUAUUUGCUGCCCCAGGAAGAGAAGCCACUGUGCCACCCAACGGUAGAAAGGGCAUUAAAAUCGUGUGGACCGGGUGGCACUGCUCAUGUGAAAUUAGUGGUAGAAUGGGACAAGGAGACAAAAGAUUUCUUGUUUGUAAAUACUGAAGAUGAGUAUAUCCCUGAUGCAGAGAGUGUCCGUCUGCAACGGGAGCGUCAUCAUCAGCCUCAAACUUGCACUUUAUCCCAGUGUUUCCAACUCUACACCAAAGAGGAGCGGCUGGCCCCCGACGACGCCUGGCGCUGCCCGCACUGCAAGCAGCUGCAGCAGGGGAGCAUCACGCUGAGCCUGUGGACGCUGCCGGACGUGCUCAUCGUCCACCUGAAGCGGUUCCGGCAGGAAGGAGACAGGCGUGUGAAACUUCAGAACAUGGUCAAGUUCCCCUUGACUGGCCUGGACAUGACGCCUCAUGUGGUUAAGAGAAGCCAGAGCAGCUGGAGUUUGCCAUCCCAUUGGUCUCCAUGGCGACGACCUUAUGGACUCGGGAGGGACCCUGAGGACUACGUCUAUGACCUGUAUGCUGUGUGCAAUCAUCAUGGCACCAUGCAAGGGGGGCACUACACAGCCUACUGUAAGAACUCCGUGGACGGGCUCUGGUACUGCUUUGAUGACAGUGACGUGCAGCAGCUGUCGGAAGAUGAGGUCUGCACACAGACGGCCUACAUCCUCUUCUAUCAGCGGAGGACAGCAAUACCGUCAUGGUCGGCCAACAGCUCGGUGGCAGGCUCCACGAGCUCCUCCCUGUGCGAGCACUGGGUGAGCCGGCUGCCGGGGAGCAAGCCCGCCAGCGCCACCUCGGCAGCUUCCUCCCGACGAACCUCCCUGGCCUCGCUGUCUGAGUCCGUGGAGAUGACGGGGGAGAGGAGUGAAGACGAUGGAGGUUUCUCGACGCGACCGUUCGUGAGGAGUGUCCAGCGCCAGAGCUUGUCAUCCAGGUCUUCUGUCACCAGCCCCUUGGCCGUCCAUGAAAACUGCAUCAGACCUUCUUGGUCCCUGUCUGCCAAGCUGCAGAUGCGCUCCAGCUCUCCUUCCCGGUUCUCAGGGGACUCUCCGGUUCACGCCUCCACCUCCACCUUGGAGAAGAUCGGGGAGGCGGUGGAUGACAAGGCCUCCAUCUCUUGCUUUGGUAGCUUGAGGAGCCUUUCUAGCAGUUCCCAGGACCCGGGCGGCGCUCCCAGCCGACGGGAGCACAAGGCUGUGGGCCGGGCCCCUCUGGCUGUCAUGGAAGGCGUGUGCAGAGACGAGCCAGACGCCCACAGAUCAAGCUCCGGUGUGGCAGACACACAGAGCAAACACUCAGCACAAGGGGCUCGCUUGCCCCCCGUGUCUGAUCCAUUUGAUAACAAUAACCAGAUAGCUUACGUGGAUCAGAGCGAUUCUGUAGAUAGUUCUCCUGUCAAAGAGGUGAAACCCCCAAGCCACCCAGGCUCCCUCACAAAGAAACCAGAGAGCACAACCAAGAGUUCCCCCAGCUGCAAAGGCGCGUCUGAGCCCGACAGAAGCUUGCGGAAGGGGAGGUCGGUCUUGGUGAGCCGGGGGUCAUCUCAGUCCAGCACCUCCCCUUCCUCUCCGGUUUCUGCCAAAGUGUCUGUGAAGCCCCCCCGCUCCCGAAGCAAAGCGGAGUCUUCCGGGGCCCCCACCCCUCCCAGGAAGGAGCCCUCCCCCAGAGCCCAGGACUCGGUGGCCUCUCCUUCGCCCCAGAAGCCGAAGGCAGCUUCUUCCCUCACGUGCACUGCUUCCUCCACCCCUGCCAAAAAGGCCUCGGGCCCUGCCGCCAGGGGCCCCUGCCCACCAGGGAAGGGCAGGACUGCGGAGCGGAGCCUAAGUGGUGAGGGCUCCAGACAAAGCCUGGUUUCUGACCGAGCCGGGGUCCCCUCCAGCUCCAAGCCCAACUCCCCUCGGGGGAGCCAGGCCAGGGCGGGGGAGGGCCGGGGGGACGGGAAGCAGGUCAGGAGCUCCUCCAUGGCCAGCCUGCGCUCCCCCAACGCGAGUGUGAAGGCUGGUCUGAAGCGGGACAGCAAGUCGGAUGAGAAGGGGCUGUCCUUCUUCAAGUCCGCCUUGAGGCAGAAGGAGACGCGGCGGUCCACUGACCUCGGCAAGACGCCCUUGCUCUCCAAGAAGGCAGGUGGGAGCUCCGUCAGGUCGGCCUGUAAGAACGCCGGGGAGGACAAGGCGGAGAAGGGGCACCGGCCUCCAGCCUCCCAGCAGCCAAAUGCCAGUUCCGUUGGGAAAGAGCAGCUUGCCUCCAAGGACCCUGCUUCUGCUAGACAUUCCCUGCUGUCCAGUCGCAGAUCCAAGUCUUCCCCGCUAGACUGCGGAGCACCCGCAUCUCCUGGUGGCAGGCAGUCCGCCGAGAAGUCCUCCCAAAGGUUACCUUCGAGCAUGCCAGCCUCUGCACGGCCUCCGAAACCUCAAUGACGCCGCUGCGCUCCAGUGCGACCUGCGACACGUUUAUUUAUUUAGAACCCUCCCCUCCCACCAAAGCCCUCUAUGCUUUUGUAUUUUUUGGGUCAUGUGCCUGAUGUGUGUGCUUGCGUGCGUGUAUGAGUGCGUGCGUGUGUGUGUGUGUGUGUGUGUGUAUUUCAAUUGCAAAUUGUUAAAAGCGUCGCCUUAUUCUGCCAUUGAACCAAAUAACAGCCAUAGGCAAAGCAUCAAUACCGAGCUAACUGGAAAAAUCACAGAUGAUUCCCUGGACAGUCCCUGUAGCAGUUGUACAAAUUUCUUUAGAGAACUCUAAUGACUCGUUGGACACUAGGGUUUGGAACCUGGGACCAGUCAAGCUGCUCUGCAGAAGGAUGAGUUAUUUGACCUGGGGUUCAGCUGAGCAGGACUUGUCCUCACGGGGACUGUCAUGUGGCACCAGGAGUUCUAAAAACUGUGACACUAACAGAGACAAACCGAGAGAAAACGGUUGCUUCCUGCACUUUGGCCCCAUCUACCAGUCUUUGUAAAGGGCAAUAUUUUAACACUAAUGUUUCUCAGGUAUAUAUACUCAGCCAGGUUAGGGAGGAUGUGUAUCUGUAAGAGGGUUAGAGAGAGGUGGCCUGUCAGUGACUGUCAGUCCUCCUGCCACACACGGACAGUUUCAGAGGUGGAAGCAGUCGUUCGCUACUUUCCUAUCGGCAGAGAUGUGGGUCCCAAGAUGUGGCAGAUCGGGUAAAGCCAGUCACUCGUAGUUACGGUUUUCCCUCCUGCAUUUGCUAGUGAAGGCCAUUGGGAGUUUGAAAAGUAGUAGAGCAGUAGAGGAAUCUUUUAAAGAUUCCUGGGAAAAGAAAAAGAAUUCUCAACGGCACACAUGAAUCUCUCCCAUUUCCCUCUGGUGUUGCUUUUUCUGUGUUGGACGUUGAAAGCUCCAUGCCCGCGUCUCCACACUCUGGUAAGUCAUGACGAGGAAAGAAGUUGCUAAGGCCAGAAGUCAGUGGUAGGUGAAGCGACGUGUAACAAAGUAUUACAUACACGUUUCUGAUACUGCCUGUCGGGCUCAGUGUGACUGCUCUUCAGCAAUUCACUUCCUUCUUCGUGCUUAAGAUUGAAUCUCUCGCCAGAACUCGGCGGGGUCAGCGCAGGUUCUGUGUGGCCCUGUCUGUGCCAGUUGCAUUUUCUGGUUAGAUGAGAACCUCACAGACAUCUCACAGAUAAGCAAGAUACUGGUUUUCCAAGCUCUCUGGGGGUAUCCUGGCAAGUUUUAGUUUUUCCUCCUUUUUCUAAAUGUCAAGAGAGUCUUGGUUCUCAUUCUAUUUGAAUAGCAUUUGUCACUUUGCUGUGAAAUACAGCAUGCUAUGUUUAUAUGCUCUUAAAUACUAACUUACAAAAAACUCACAGGCUCUCAAGUUCUCCCUGAACUCCUGGUGCAUGGACGCAUGUAUAAUCCCCCUUCAGUCCUGCUGUGUGUGAGGCGACCACACACACAUGCACACACACACAUGGCUGUGAAUUCUGCACUGCCUUUUGUUGUUUUUCCAUGAAUACCUCUUGGGAAAUGUUUCCAGUAGGUUACUUAACUUUAUUUUGCUGCUAAUUUGAGCAUUAGCAGGUAACUCACAAGUCUGGAGGCCGUUUUUGUUGAGGGUAGCUGGAAUUUUAGACCCUUGUGAUAGCUAAGACUCCCUCGGCUUGUGGAAGUUGCCGUAGUGCUCCGUGACAUUUCCUGAGCACGCGUGUCUGCCCCGUGCCCAGUCCUAUGGCUCCAGAGCAGCGCUGCUCCUCGGCGCAGUGACUGCCGAUGCCCGCCUGCUGGGAUGUUCUCGCUUCUGACCACACGUGGACAGCCGGUCUGUUUGGCAUUGGUUUUCUGUAUCACAAAUGUGGGAGCGCCAGUAUCAGGAAUUCAGUGUUUGUCUUAUUGGAACCUCUCAUCAUCCUUUUGCCGGCAAACCACAUUUGAAAUCUAUCUGCAUCUCUGCAAAGUGUCAGAAUUAUAGUUUGGCUACAUAACAGGUUUUAUGAACACCUUUUGGGGCUAUAAUCAUUUAGGCAUGAAUGGAAGGUAGUUUAAUUUUCACAGUGGUAAAUAUUUUUAUUCUUGAGUGCUUCAGGAAUGGAUUUUCCAUUUGGUUUAGUGUCCUAAAAAGCACACUACAAACUUCUUUAAUUUUCCAUGCGGUCUAGAAAUAAAAUUUCAGUAUCUAUAAAAUUGUAUGCUUAUGAAUUUAGUCCUUGUUUCAGAUUUAAAUGGAAAAAUCAGGAAGUAUUAUGGCAUUGUCUAGGCAUCUCUAAGCGAUUACAUUGCUGCGCUUAAGCAGUGAAAAGUUCAUCCCUGAUCAUCAGGCACAGACGUUCAGCCGCCGAGAAGGCUGUCUGGCCCAGAAGUUUGCAGGUCUCUGAGGUGUGGGGAGUGGUUACUUGGUUCAGUUCAGGCCUUCGGUAGGUUAGGGACUUGGUGUUGGUUUUGUUUUUUCCCCGGUGACGUUCGGUGCAAUGAGCAAUACGUUUGGGGUUGGAAAUAACCUACUAAGGAUGGUGGGCCUGGGUUUCUGGCCUCAUCCGAGCACUCAUUUCCUGGUGGGCACAGAAUAACCACCAACCAUGGAGUUCGUCUGUCAUGUUUGUCCACUUAAGAAACGUUUCAUUCUGGAUUUCUUUCCAAUGAACACCCCAGGCACUGAGGCUACCGCGUUCCCUCAGUCCCAGGCCUUGCCUUCGUAAUCCCUCCCUAAUGGGCGAGCACGGAGGCUGUUAGGCUCAUGUCAUGCAAGACCAUCUCCCACCUUUUUGUAUUUUCUCUCCCUAAAAGCAGCCUAACAGGGUAAUACUACGCUGGGCCAAUAGGAGCACUUGUGUUUUGGUAAAGUAUUGUAAUUAUCUGAGGCUGCCCUCAACUCUUGUAAUCAUUCUUUCAUCAUUUAUUCAUUCGUUUGUUCAUUCUGACGCAUUGGUUGAGGGCCUGCUCUGCGAGUGAAGGCCAGCUGCAGGCUUUGGGAGUUGGCUGUGGCCGAGGAGCCCUGGGAGUGCAGCUGAUGGACCGGGUGCCAAAGGCGCCCUAAGUGGAGUGACGGAGCCAACGGGUUCUGCUGAUUCGGCCAAGUCCUCUUGAGCAUGUGUGUCCUGGAAACCAAAAGUGUCCUUCUUCACCUCCGGAGGCGCUUUCCUCUCCGUCCACUUUUCCAGACUACGCUGUUUCUAUACUUAGGGCUUGAAAAGGUGGUCAUCCAUGCUGGCAGGAGAUGGAUGUGGGGAUUUGCGGGGGGGCGGGGGGCAUUUGAGAGAAAAAUUGUCAUCCCUCUAGCUAUCAUGAGAAACAGGAGCAGCAUGUGAAGGACGGCAGUGGCUGCCUUCAGGAAAAUGGAGCAGAGGAGAGCUGUGAGCAAAACUCAUUCACAUCAAAUAAACAUGUUUUUCAAUAGAUUGACAUCUGAUGUUACCUUUCAUUCUGAUAAAAUUACUGGUCAGCUGAAGUUAGUUUCCUGAAGUUGUAAUUGUUGGAUGCAAAGAUAAUUAGUGUUUCUGGUUGGAAUUUUGACAUAAUCUGCAAAUGACAAGCACAGUUUCUAUAAAACACAUAUUCUGUGAGGUGGGUUGAACUUUGUAUCAUUUGGGAUUGACCAGAGCAAAAUUUGCUGACUAACCAGUGCCUGUGUCCUAACCACAAACACAAAAGGGAGCUGUUACUGUGCAGGCUAAGUUCCUAAAGGGUGCAUUGUUGCCAAACCUGCAGGAGUAUUUUGGGGUAAACGCUGUGUUUUUAUUUUGGUUGAGUAGUCAGCCGCAUUGCCUUCGGCUCAGCGCCCAGAGGUGUGUCUUGCAGCUGCACGGGGAGCCUGAGCAGCCAUGCUUCACCCCGGACACAGGACCGCUCUGCAUGGCCUGCAGCUCCCCCAGAAGCAUGCUCUCACUACCUAUGCAAAGCAUCUCCUAAGCAACGUCCACUACACUAAAUACGCUUUUUUAAAGGCAACUCUUAGGUUAUGGAGCUCUAUUUUCGAAUUUGUAAUUAUUAAAUGUGGUCUAAGUGUAGAAGAGCACGGAUGUGGUCUCUGCUUUGCACAUGUUUCCCUCAGCCAACUUUUUUGAUCAUUGGUGAGACUGUGUAAAGUAAGUAUUUGCAAGCAGGAGUGGGUGGGGAUGUUGAACACUGGUUUAUAUACUGUAUUUAGCUUGAAGACUUUCGUAAAGUAUAGGGAUGUUCUAAAAAUAACCUGCCAUUUUCUAUAGAUUUUAAUUGUUUAUAUCUUCUAGGGUUCUAUCGUGGUCACAAGGAGAGGACGUGGCUCCUAGUAGUGCUAACGAUUUUAAAUGCUUUUUUAGAGACUUAGAGCUACUAUUACAGAGAACUUUGAGCUCCCCAACCAUUGGUCACAUGAAGAGUAAGCUCGUGGGAUUAUGGUGGCUUCGGAGGGUGGGUUAGGGUGUAGAUCCAUCUCACGUUUGUUUUAACCUGGUGUUUCCCAGUUUGGGGGAGAGAUCCAUGAUAGACGAGGGAGGCUCCUUCCCCUCACACAGAUGUCCCCGAUUCCACGGAGCCUCUUCUGCGAUCUGGACACCAGUGUUAGUGAGACUUGUCUAGGGAACUUUGAAGCACCCAGGCCCCGCCCCCUCGCACACUCUGUAGUCAGUGUGGUCGGCUCAGGUCGGCACACGUGGAUUAAAGCUCCAGGUGUGUCUGAAGUGCGGAGUUGAGGAGCCCUGCCCAGAGCCAGGGCAGAGCCCCAGAUUUUGAUAGAAUGAUGGUUGGUUUCUUUGUAAUAAUUAUAAUAGCAAACACUAGGCUGCCCCCAAAUUCCUUGUUUAGCUCAUUCUCUACUUGUCUAGAAUGUAAUUUCAGGAAGUAUUUUUAAAUUUAAAAAUGAAUGUGAAGCAUUUUUAUUUGGAAUCUUUUUUUUUGUAACCCUCAUUGGUAUUUUUUCAUAUAAUUUUAAUAAAUCAGAUAAUGCUCAUCCAAAAGUUUGGCUGCAUACAUUACGGUGGAGGCCAGUGGGAUGGAGUUAAUCUGGUGAGCUGAGUGCGUGCCAAGGACUUCAGAGAGUCCCCAUGCGCCUCGGGUGGUCAUCUCACCAUUGCCACCCGCGAGAAAGAGACUCUUAGUUCCCCUGGAGUUGGCGUUUCAAGGCACAGAUAGCAAGCCGCAGGCUGGCGGGUCCUGGGCGAGGCGGAGCGGUGAGGCCGGCUCCGUGGAGGAAGGUGAUGGGAGUCCCCCAGGUGCUACUCUGCCUCACCUCUGGUUAAAACUGAACUCCGGCCCUCAGCGCUGGUUUCUCACGGGACACGCUCGGGCUGCACCCGGGCUGCUGUCCUGGGAGCUGCCGUCACAGACUCGGGCGGCUCGGCAUCCUCCACGCGCGCUCAGGGCCGAGUUCCUGUGGCCCUGCCGUCGCGGGAAGUGGGGGCUUCCGGGGGCGGAGAAGUGUGUCAGACCUUUUCAGUUAUUUUAGAGCAAGUGCAUGCGAUGUGCCACUGACUUCUGUUAUUUAUUUGUGUGUCUUAUUCUUCAAGGUGAUGCACUUUUAAGAAGCAGAAUUUAUAUUUUUAUGUUUAAAUUUUAUUUCUGGAACAGCAGUUGAUUAUAUUGCAUACAGUUGGAAUUAAGAGAAAAGUGAAAAUGUAACAAAAUACAAUAAAUUUAUUACACGA